UGGAAAAUGAUGGAAGAUUGAGAUCAAACAAGCGUUGCAGAGAUCGGAGGCUGGAAUUGUGAACUAACUAACUUUCAUGGAGGAACGGCAUCUCUUUCCCGAAAGUGGCGGCGAUCAAGAACCGCCGCAGGAGGGGGUUGAAGUUGAGAAUCGACGGGAAGUGCGACUCCAGCCUGGAGCUGAAGAGAAACUCGUGUUGCAAUUCAUGGACUCGCUUAAUAGCUAUCUUUCCCUCUCUCACUCUCUCUCUUCCACACUUGGACAAGCAUGGAUGGAAUUAGCGAGUGCGAGGCAUUCCAUGGGAACUGCACGCCUUAAUACUUCUCUUUUGGACCUCAAAUUCCAUCCAGCUUCUACAACGUUGAAGAUUACCGAAUAUGAUGUUGACUCGGUAGAUGCAAAAGCAUGGUUCGUGUUGCGUAAAUGGGUAUCCUCUGAAGAAGUUGAAGAAGAUGAAGAUAGUAAUAGCACCAAAUCUUCUGAACUCGCAGAUGAUGAUGAUGUAGUAGUUCGAAGGGAGCGAGCGAAGUCAUUGUCAGUCUUUGGAAUUUUAAUUCCGCCAAAGCUUCGAGCCGCCCAAAUGUCAUUUGAGAGAGCACUAGAGACACUAGUAGAAAUGGCAAAUAUGCGAUCGUCAUUCCUAUAUUCGUUUCACCAACUUCAUCAAGAGGUAGAAGAUACUAAGGAAUAGGCAGCAUUGGGUGGCAAGCAGUAUCAUCAAAGGGAUGCCGGAAAUGUGUAGCAUGUGGAUUAUCUGAUUAUAGUAAUGGGGACCAGCAUUCCAGGUUGCUGACGUUAAAUUUAUUGAUUUGU